AUGUCACAACUCAACACCAUCGUUGUGGAUUGUGGUUCGUUCAUAACCAAAGCAGGUUUUUCGGAAGAUGAACAACCCACGCUCUUGACACCAUCAGCAACAUUCAAAGAUGAAACACAGGCCAUUGAUAUUGGAAAAUCCAUGAUCGAUGAAUCCUGUCCACCAAAAUAUUUCGUUGACCAGAACGAUGGUCAUAUGAAAGAUUUCGAUUCCUUGAAUAUCUUUUAUGAGAAAUUGUUCUAUAACAAAUUACACAUUGAGCCCAAUGAACAUGCUGUAUUAUUAAGUGAAGCUCCAUUCAUUCCCAAAUCACAAAGAGAACGUAUUCUUCAAAUCAUGAACUUUAAAUUUAUAUUCAAUGGAUUGAGUGUGAGUUGUGGUCAUUCCAGAACCUAUAGUGCUCCAGUCUAUGAAGGACAUGCUCUUCCACAUGCCAUUAAAUAUCUCAAUAUUGCAGGACAUGACAUGACUGAAUAUUUAAUUGCAUUGAUUUCAAAACGAAGCAAUGGAGGAACCAUUCAACAACCACAACAACAACCCAACGAAUGGUUAUCCUCGAAUUUAGUGGCACGAGAUGUCAUUCAAAAGAUGAAAGAACAAGAAUGUUACAUGUUAUCUACACCCAAUCAAUAUGAGAGAGCACUAAAAGGAAAUUCUAUUGAUGUCAAUAGUGUGAGUGAGAAUAGUACCACCAAUGAAACUUUAUAUGAAUUACCUGACGGUCAUGUUUUUUCAUUGACCCGUGAAGAGAGAUUUCAAAUUCCAGAAAUACUUUAUCAACCUCAACUCGUGAAUUUAGUUAUGAAUUCAAGUGUACUUGAAGGUAGUAGUAGUAGUGGUCGUAGUUGUAGUAUUAAUACUUUGGAAGAGAUGGUCAUUCAGUCCACACGAGCAUGUGGAUUUGUCGAUCAAUAUUUUGCAUUUCAAGUGUUCAAUGAUAUUGUAGUGGAGGGAGGAUGUACUCGUAUGAAGGGAUUUGCUUUACGUUUGAGAGCAUCUAUUGUGGAAGCCUUAUUACCAUUGGAUCGAUUUGUGACCAUUCAUCAUGGCAAUUCUACUCAAUGUAAUGUUUGGCAAGGAGGAUUAAUUUUAGGAUCACUCUCCAUCUUUACAAGUAUUGCAUGA